UUUUUUUUCCUGUGAUUUUUCCCUUCUUUUGAUCUAGCCUGGUUGUUUUUUUCUUUAUGAUACUCUCUUCAUAGACACUGUCAUACGCACUGCCGCUGCUCCAACGGCUUAUUGACGGCUGCAGCACUUGUCGCGACGCGAACCAUUCUAUGGCCAAAAUACAUAUAGAAAUUCGAUACGCAUCAGCAAGCCUGCAAUAGUCAUAUUAUAGAGAUAAAACUUGGCGAUUCGUUUUUUCGAAUGCAAAAAUCACAAUGGCGUCCUCUGACUCUCACGGAGAGAGCGUCAUGCUUCUAGCGAACAAGGUGAAAUCAGGCAACGUCAAAGAACGUGAGAAAGCUGUUGAUGAUUUGUCCCAAUUUUUGAACCCAAGAAAUAGAUCAGCGAAUCUGUCUAAGCUAGGAGACAAAAGCUACCACGAGAUAUUCGAAGCCAUAUUUAACUUCGUGCUCCGUGAAAAACCAAAUUAUUAUGACAAGAAAAAGUCACAGUCAACGGCGAAUACUGCCGCAACACGGCUGUCCAAAUGUGCGGCUGCAGUCAGGAUGGCAGCAAUCCGUGGAGCCGCCAAGAUAGGACGAAAGACGAUGCUUGCCGUCAUAGACCACAUCACCCAAGUCUUGCCUGGACCUGAUGAGGACUUUGUACGGCCGCUACUGCAAGAUUAUGUCAAAGCAUUGACAGAAAUUGUGUCUCGGCAGGCUAACGCUGAGCUCUUUGCCAGAAAGAAAGCAGAGCCAUGGCAGGCCUGUGUCGACUUAUUCCUUGAUAUUGCCCACCAUAUUCUUCCGAAUGAAUCCAACACAGCUUCUUUGCCUCACAUUACUCCCGCGCCGACGGCCUCUUCUCGAUCCUUGCCAAGGUCAAACUCGGCAACACAAGCCCAACGUCAUACUGGACAGGCAGAAGGUGGCCCAUUGAAGGAUGCUCUUGAAGGACUCUAUCACCUAGUCUCAGCGGCCAAUGCUCCGAUCCUUCGAGGAGCGCAAGACAUUACCAACCUAGCCCUGAGAGUCUUGAAUACCAAGCACCUUAGCCCAGGUUCCACGCAGACACUGUGCUUUUCAAUCAUUAACACAGUCUUUCGAGCCACUGAAGCAGAUAAUCUUGACGAUGCGAUUGCUUUGGCGAAAGACCUGCUACCUCAUAUGGGCUACUGGUGGCGUGCGGAAAAGGUCUCUCAGGAUGAACUCAUCAAAGCUCUAAGGAAUGAGAUAUGCAGGAGCAUAUAUCUUAUGCAUCUACACCUGGAGCAUCUUGCGGUUAAUCGUUGGGACGCAAAUGUACGCAAUGAAUUGGAAAACUUGAUCGAGCCUCUAUGGCAAGAGUAUUCCAAACGAAGCGAGGCAUUUCGUCUACAGCUUGCUGAUUUGACCUUCACCCCAUCACCGUCACGAGGGCAUGUCAUGCAACUUGGCCUAUUUGGACUCCGUCCUCACAAUAUUGAAGGAGAAAGCCACUGGGCAAUAGUUCAGAACCUUGCCCUCUUGGAGGCGAUAUUGUUACGUCCCAAAAAGGAUACCAUCGACAACGAUGCCGACAAUAGAGAGCAACCCAGGAAAAGGCGACGGAUCCAACAGGAUCCAAAUCCCAUCAGAAUCAAGCUCAGGUCGCAACAUGCCGGAGUUGUUCGAACUGCCUUGCAGCUAGUUCCAUUUAUGCUUGUAACAAAUACGUUGAGUCACAACGAAGUCGACGACCUUCUCGUAGACCUUAUUGGCUUUGCUGGAGAUAAAAAUACCAUCACAGCGUCUUGGGCCUUAAUUGCCUGCGCUAGCUGCGCUCUAUGGUCCAAAGAGUGUCGACUUCAACAAGACAUAUGGAGGCAAAUAUGGCAUUUGGCUGCCCGCUCAGUCAGCCUUCCAGCCACAAGUCGUGCUGCAUGUCUCUUACUGCACAGCAUAAUCGAAACUGAUGUUUUGCCAUACCAUAACCUGUCCGACGAUAUAAACAGCAUCAUUACAACAGCAGAUAUCAACGGACCUGGUGUUUUAUGCGACACGUCUCUUGCAUUGAUGUCACAUUUAUUCCAUCUUCGCAAUUCAAGGCUACCCAGCGCUAGCCAUAGCACCUCGAGCCACAUCAUAAGAUGGGUUUUCUUACGGUGGAAUCCGAGCGAGCUAUCAUAUGCUUCAUUUCAAUCCGCACAUACACGCCCCAAUGAUCUCGUCAACAUUUUGCAUCUAUGUUGUGGAGCCCAACCCAUUUCUUUAACCCGCCAAGAUUCUGCCUCUGGUGGUUCAUUGGGCGAGACAUGGAUAUCCCAGAGAGAGAUUGGAGAUUUCAAUGAGUAUCUUCUCUUAUUGGGACAUGAAACUAGCGAUACCAUUUCCAACGAGUGCUGUUAUUCAUCGGCUAAAGAAGCUCUCCCUCUGGCUGCAGAUGCCACCAGUUUUUUCGCUCUAAAGAAACUUGUUUUAGAACUCCUCUAUCCCAAACUCGAAGAGCUGAAAGAGCUGUGUGUCUCAUGGACAAAAAAAGCUAGUGAUGGCGGAACUCAAAUAUCAUUUGAUCGGUUUCGAAGCCUCAUGUCUGCUUGUAUCAUGGGAACGUUACUGAUACCACAUCUGAACGACCUUAAUUCGACUCAAUCUUCUUCCCUGGAGACGCUUCUAUUGGAGCUAGCCGAGGGCGGUAUUUCAGCUGCAUUGAGUUCUGUUGAGCCUGCGGCAUUCGUCGAGUUGACUUUGAAAGAGCUGAGGCCCUGCAUACCCGAAAUCAGCACAGCCAAUCUAGGCCAGAUGUGUGCGAAUAGCCCAGGCAUUCUCAAUCUUCUUUCCAAGAUGUCCGAAGUCAUAGAGCAACGACAGGCAAGCCAGCACUCAGGAGACCCUUCAGACUUCAUGGAUCUAGAUGACGAUUUCGGCUCCUACGACAGCCAAGUUAUGACGGCAUCCAAUGCUUAUUCAGCCCCAAGGCAGAAUAUACAGCUCUGUCUAAAUUCCCAAGCAUUCGACAUCGACACGAGGCUGCGAUUAACACUCCUGAAAUUCAUCUACCAGGAUAGAAGUCAACUGGGCUUGUUGACAUCUUCAUACAUCAAGGAACUCUUGGCACUGUCCGAUGACGAGCUACUCUCAUGCCAGCGUCUCUUAAUAGAGAUUGUUAGAUCAGACCUUAUCAUGGAUGGAGAAUCGGCUUUGGAUAUAGUCGAGAGGCUUGGAGAGAUAGUCGGGAAACCCGAAUAUCAGUCAUGUGAAGUUGCCCAGACCACUUGCAUUGAGGUGAUCGAUGGCCUAACCAAUACCUGGCUUCAUGAUAACCAGAAUCUGGCAGAUAGGGUUGGCGAUCUUUAUGAUCACUUUGUCAAAGUCUGCUUGCCUUCCAACAUUCUUUCUCCCAAGACUCAAAUGUCCCUCGCCCGCUUAUUAUUCACUCUUUUGAGAAUCAAUCCUGAAUACGGAAGUAGCCUAGGGCUUGAUUCAUGUCGAACCUCGUUGCUUCUCAUACUGAAGAAGGGUCCAAUGAAAGUCAAAUGCUUCAUUGCAGAGAGGGUAGCUGACAUAUUUGAGCUCUAUAUUUUGAUGUUGCACGAUGAGGUUUUUGUCGAUAUCUUAGACAACCUUCCAGCAGACCCCGACAAUAGCGCAGGCAUUGCCUUCCGUUUAAUAGUUCUAUCCAAGAUCGCUUGCAGCUGGCCUACUCUUCUCAGAAGAUGCACCUAUCACAUUUUUGAGACUCCAGGCAACAUAUCACAAUCAGCCGAUUACGCAAAACGAUGUUUAGCUGACAUAUCCCUUGUCCUAAAUCUCGGGUCUCCAACAGAACUCUUUCAGCUGUUUUCUCGCCAGCUGUUGUACACUUGGCUGGAAGAGAAGACUGUUGAAACCAUUCCCUAUUCUAUCUUUGGAUAUGCCAGCCUUGGGGAUUUGCUGAAAUCUGCACAAGCUGAAGCCAUCGGUCUAGCAAUAAUGCGAGGACAGGAGAAUACAAGUGCAGACAUAGCUCGACUCGUCGGCAUACCAGAGACUCAGCUUAUCCAACAAAACUUCGCAACUGCGCUAUCAUAUGGCUUACUAUAUGCGACUACGUUUGGGAGCCAAGAAAAGAUAAAGGGAGAAGAUCGCAUCAAGCAAAAGCUAGGCACAAAGCCAUACAUCGAGUCGGUAUAUGUUCAUUUCAUCGACAUAGUUGCCCUUUUGUUUGAUCUUAUUGAUCAAGAAGACCCUGUGGAGAAGGUCUUUUUGAAACAAGCGCACCUUAAAUACGCAGGCGAAAAUCUGCAAGCAAUCAAGGCUAUUGCACAUUCGCCUGCCAAUCUUCCGCCGAACCAGCAACCAAUGUUCAGAGCCAAGCCUGUGUUCAAUGAACUUAUCCGUCUUUGCCAAGGCACGGAGUUCCAAUUUCACGAUCUUUGGACGCCAGCAGUGGUAGUUGCAAUUGCUCGGAGGCUGUUUAACACAGUGCAUCCGGCGCUCGGUUCUCUUCAUGCGUGCUCUGUCCUUCGCAAGGUGAGGAUACUAGUCUGCUUGGCCGGGCCUGUGGCUUUGGAAUCGUACUGCUUGGAGAUGCUGUUGAGCUCUAUUCGGGGCUUCAUUGUGGACUCAGAAUGCGCAGACGAUGCGCUCGGAAUUAGCCAAUAUUUACUCUCUCGGGGUAAAACAUACUUGACCCAAGUACCAUCAUUUCUUGCUGGCUACUCUCUGUCCGCCUUGGCAUCUCUGAGGGUUUUCCUUGAGUCCAGUCAGUCCAGCACUACACAGGAGAGCCAGUUCAAGGCCACUAUGAGCAAGGCACAGAAGUUCCAUGAGUGGUUCAGCCAGUAUCUGGCAGAUUAUACAUCCCCAAGAUUCGAGAGCCAGUCGCAGAAUGACCUUUUCAAAUCCAUCACACUUUCGGCAGCCCAUAUACGCUCUUCCGGGAAUGCGGAGAAGAAUACUUCGGAAAGCAAGCUCCUUUUAGAUAUACUGAAUGAUGAAACAGCAGAGAGCCAACUCCUCAACGAAGCUUCACGACAACUUGCCCUUGGCCUUCUUUGUGGCGAUUUUACUAUCCCAACACAUAGUAGGAACGACGUUGUUGAUAGCGAUCAGAGUGCCAUUGCUCAUGCUUCAGCGGUAUGGAAGAGUUGUGGAGCACAAAGCCUCAGUGAGAACUAUCUAUCCUGGGUAGGACGUGUCGUCGGUCGUUCGUUCCUAGCCUCUGGGACUAUACCUGAAGAUAUCUUGAGAGAAUCACGGCUUGAUCAAUAUGAGAAGAUAGCGCCAGGGCCUCAUGGAUCCGAAAUGGGACUUCUUCAUCUCCUUCAAGGUCUUACGAUGGAUCCCAACUCUGUCACAGCCGGUUUAGCUGAAGCCACUUUGCGAACCGCAAUAUCGCAAGCCGUCGUGGAAGAUGAUGGACCCCUUGUCACGGCGGGGCAGCGAAGCUUGUCUGAGUCGCUUUUCGUCGCAUCUCAAUGGGGCGCAUAUCGCACUCCUCCUUCAGAAGCCGCGUCUACUGAACUACCAGAAGAUGAUCAGUUUUCUUGGGCUGAAGAUGUGACCUCACAGAACUGGCUACGUCGGUUGAGUGCAUUCCUUGCUCAAUCCGUACCCAGCUCAAUCCUUCUGUCUGUACUUGCGCCAGUGCUUCUGGGAGUCAAUGGAUUUGCUGAAAAGGCCUUCCCUUUCAUUGUCCACCUAGUACUCUACUUCCAAUUGGAGCAGCAACAAGCUACGAAGAAGUCACUGUCUGGCGCCCUGAAGCAAUGGCUGGGAUCGACUGAGCCUACGGCUAGAGAUAACAUUAAACUUCUGAUCAACACGAUUCUCUAUCUCAGAACCCAGGAAUACCCCAAAGAAGUGUCUAUAGCAGAUCGACUGCACUGGCUGGAUGUUGAUUACUCCAUGGCAGCAGCAUCCGCAACCCGGUGUGGUAUGCACAAAACGGCUCUCUUAUUCGCUGAAAUAGCCACUUCUGAAACAGCCCGCGCAUCGCGAAGGGCUUCCAUUGCCAAAGAAGCGGAUAUCAAUGAAACUUUGUUGGCAAUCUUCGAAAAUAUUGAUGAUCCGGAUGCCUACUAUGGCCUGCCUGAAGAUGCAAGUUUGUCAAAUGUUCUAUCUCGUUUGGAAUACGAGCAAGAAGGGACAAAGAAUCUAGCAUUCCGAGGCGCUCAGUACGAUAGCCAUAUUCGCCUGCGACAAAAUACUUCAGAAUCGGACGCCCAUGCCCUAGUAAAGGCACUUGGCAGUCUUGGAUUCGCCGGGUUGUCUAAUUCUCUAAUGCAAACCCAGCAGAAUCUUGGAUCAACUCCGUCUUCUAUAAAAAGCACAUUUCAUACCGCUAGAAGACUCGAAAUAUGGAACCUUCCCGUGCCAGCCACAAGCGACCAUCAUGCUGUUGUAACAUAUAAGGCGUACCAGACUAUGCAUCAGGCCACGAACAUCUCAUCAGUCCGGAUAGCCGUGUAUGAUGGUUUUGCUCGUACGAUGAAAAAUCUGGUCGGCGGCAACCGCAAUGCAACAGCAUUAAGGAGUGGACUGGGAGCUUUGGCAGCACUGUCUGAGCUAGACGAGAUUUUGAACAUUGCAGAUGUAACAGAACUAGAGAGUCUGAUGAGCCGGUUCCAGGAACGCAGCCAAUGGAUGAAAAGUGGCAUAUAUGACGACGUCAGCCAAAUCCUGUCUUGCCGAGGGACGACCAUGAGCAUGUUCACUCAACAUGCAUCACUUCUUGGAAACGCCACACUCUCUGUGGCAGGCAUACGGCAGAUGGAAAUUAAGUCGAUGCUUCUGGCUUCCGGUAUCUAUCGCUAUCACCAAGCUACACAAGAAUCGCUAAACAUUUCGACGGCUCUAAGUGAUCUUAUAAAGCCAUGCGAAGACUUGGGCGUUCAUGUCGAUGUUGCUAUCAAAAUAGAAGUGGCAAACUCAUUAUGGGAUCACGGAGAGAUGACCACAUCGAUUAAAAUGCUUCAGGGCAUCGAUAACAUUACAGCGUUGAAGAAACAAGCAAUCCCUGUGAGCCGAUCUGACCUUCUUUCGAAGAUUGGCCAUAGGAUGUCCGUUGCGCGUUUGGAAAAGCCCCGAGAUAUACAAAAGAAGUAUCUAGAGCCAGCACUUAAGGAGCUCAAAGGAGGCGUCGAGGCAAAAGAAGCGGGCCUGGUAUUCCACCAAUUUGCCGUCUUUUGCGACGAGCAGCUCCAAGAUCCGGACAGCUUGGAGGAUCUCACACGUUUGCAAAACUUGAAGAAAGGCAAGAAUGAUGAAGUUGAGGAACUAAAGUCACUUAUUUCCUCCACGAGAGAUUCGCAACUCAAAGCCAAAUACACACAUGUCCUAUCAAAGGAAAAGCAGUGGCUUGACCUUGACGAGCAAGAGCUACGCCGUGUCGAAAUGACUCGCAGCGAGUUUGUGCGUCUAAGUCUUGAAAACUAUCUGCUGUCACUAGCGGCUUCUGACGAACAUAACAAUGAUGCCUUACGAUUCACGGCGCUAUGGCUCGAAAAAUCGGAUGAUGAAGCAACGAACAAGGCGGUAACGCGACAUCUCUCUAAAGUCCCCACGGCCAAAUUCGCAGGCCUUAUGAGCCAGUUGACUUCGCGACUGCAGAACCAAGAUUCAGCGUUUCAGGAGCUGCUCUCAAAUUUGGUAUACAAUAUUUGCGUGGAUCACCCUUACCAUGGUAUGUACCAUAUCUGGUCUGGCACAAAAGCGAGAGUGCAACAAAAGGACGAGGUUGCAAUCCUUCGUGUCAGGGCCAACGACAAGAUCGCAACAAAGCUUGCAAGCACAAAAGCCGUAGCCGAUAUCUGGGUUUCGAUUGAGAAGACAAGCAAAGGCUAUCACGGUCUUGCUUUAGAAAGAGACCAAGCGAAGUACAAGUCCGGUGCAAAAGUUGCGUUGAAAGAUUCUACCGCAGCCAAGAAUUUGAUGAACUAUCUCGCAAAGUUUCGCAUACCUCCUCCGACCAUGCACAUCGAGGUCAAUGCCAAUAGGGAUUAUUCCAGGGUCCCCUUGAUCUCAAGGCUUGAACCAACCAUGACAAUCGCCUCGGGUGUGAGUGCACCGAAGAUUAUCACCGCCAUUGGAACUGACGGCGCAAAAUAUAAGCAGUUGGUGAAGGGUGGCCAGGACGACCUCCGUCAAGACGCCAUCAUGGAGCAAGUUUUUGCGGCAGUGUCGUCUCUACUCAAGCUUCAUAGAGCUACACGACAAAGGAAUCUAGGCAUUCGAACAUAUAAAGUGCUUCCGCUGACAGCCUCGUCUGGACUUAUCGAGUUUGUCCGUGACACAAUUCCUCUACAUGAAUUUCUCAUGCCAGCACAUGAACGAUACUACCCACGCGAUCUUAAGGGCUCGCAAUGCAGGAAAGAGAUAUUCAAUGUCCAGAACAGAACGGUGGAACAGCGUAUCAGCACAUACCGAAAGGUCACGGAAAGGUUUCAGCCCGUCAUGCGGUACUUCUUCAUGGAGUACUUUGUAGACCCUGAUGAGUGGUUCGUAAAGCGGCUAGCAUACACGCGCAGCACGGCCGCUAUAUCGAUGCUUGGACACGUGCUCGGCUUGGGCGACCGCCACGGGCACAACAUCCUGCUGGAUACCAAGACUGGAGAAGUCGUCCAUAUUGACCUGGGUAUCGCGUUUGAGACUGGCAGAAUUCUACCCGUGCCGGAGCUCGUACCUUUCCGCCUUACCAGAGAUAUUGUGGAUGGUAUGGGAAUAACAAAGACAGAGGGCGUGUUCCGCCGCUGCUGUGAGGUCACUCUCGAUGCUCUCAGAGAGGAGCAGUACUCAAUCAUGACAAUCUUAGAUGUGUUACGAUACGAUCCUCUGUAUAGCUGGUCCGUGUCUCCUGUACGGCUAGCCAAAUUGCAAAAGGCCCGACAAGAUGAUGACGGAGCCAUUGAUGACGCCGACCAAGCAGAUGUGGACACGAAGAAGGGAAAGAAAUCUGGGAGCCACCUGAAUGAGCCGUCUGAAGGCGACCGAGCCCUGGAAGUGGUGAGGAAGAAGCUUUCGAAGACGCUGAGCGUGACGGCCACAGUCAAUGAUCUCAUCAACCAGGCAACAGACGAGCGAAAUCUUGCGGUGUUGUAUUCUGGGUGGGCUGCUUAUGCAUAAGAUAUCGGUUAUAGCCCCGAUAUGGGCAGAUCGACAGGUGGCAAAGCAAAUCUGAGAUUGAGGAAUGUUAUGAUGCAGUUAAUUAAAACAUAGUCUGACAGCGAAUCAUGAUGGGAACUAGAACAGGCUCGAACAGGCUCGGCCCUGUGUAACACGACAACGAGGUCGGGAACAUAAAAAAUUGAUCUUGUAAUAACACCAAAUCGAAAUCGAAAACACACACAUGCUUUCAUAUCAUAAUUAACCCAACCAUGGCACCGCAGGUAACCCUGAGUAGGAAGUUAGUUUGUAAAUUAUCUUGUAAGCUUCAAGAUAACUACGAGUGACAUUUCAGCUUUGUUCAUACAUCGUUUAGCUAGCGUCACUCCAUCCUUUCGAACCGGC